GCUGUGUGUGCGCAACUGGCGAGGGAAGCGAGUAUAAGCGUCGCGUUCGCGAUAGAAAAUCUUUCAGUGCGGCAGCAACCGUUUCGCGGCGUCCAUCGCACAAUCCGUUAAAGGAGACCCGCCCGCCACCACCUCCUCCACCCGAUGUAAAUCCACACGCGCAAAUCGCGCGCACUCCUUCAGUUUCUUCCGCCCGGUUUGGUGUUGUACAUUUUUUUGUUUCGUUUUUGUUACAUGUACAUGUAUUUUAAACGCGAAAUUUAAACGCAUCGAUUUUUCGCACGUUUGGUGAUGUCGCAAUCGUCGCGCGACUAGGAAAUUUUAAGCGACACACGUGUGUGAAAAGGGUUUAAUCCGAAUUUGAAAAAAAAUAUAAAGAGUCAAAACCAAGAGUGCCGUUGUUGUGAUCCCGUGAAACAUGAAGGACGUUGAUCGUUUUAGUGCUUUGAGGGGGCGCACACCCCAAAUCAUCGCUUCACUUGCCGCCACCAUCAAUGCCAUAUCCGAUGGUAUGAGUUAUGGCUGGGCCUCACCAGUGGUACCCGUACUGAAAAAACCCGACACGCCGGUGAAAAUCAGCGAAUCCGACGUGGUAUGGAUCGAAUCCAUCUAUAUGAUCGGCGGUAUCGUGGGGCUUCCAGUAACCAUCUACUGCGUGGAUAAAUUCGGCCGCAAACUAUCAAUUAUCCUCGCCGCUGUUGUCAAUCUGAUUCAUUGGGUCCUCAUCGCCACCUGUAACAAUGUCCCACAAUUAUACAUCGCGCGAUUGUUGACUGGUUUGGCAGGCGAUGUUGGCUUCGUCUCUGCUCCCAUGUACAUAGCAGAAAUAGCCGAUCAGAAAAUCCGUGGUCUGCUUGCAUCAGUAAUCUACAUCAUGAUGUUGAUUGGUAUUCUGGUCGUGUAUGCAGUGGCACCGUUUGUCUCAUUACCUGUAUCCAGCGCGGUUGGUUCCAUCUCAUUGAUUAUACAAUUGUUCACUUUGCCUUUCAUGCCUGAAAGUCCUUACUUUCUCUUUAUGAAGGGUAAAGAAGAAAAAGCAAAGAAAAGUCUACAAUUUUUACGUAAUUCCAAACACGUAGAUAAAGAAUUAGCUGAGAUCAAAUCAGCUGUUUCAAGACAGAAUGAAGAACGUGGUACCAUCAAAGAUUUGUUUAUGGUGAAGAGUAAUCGCAAGGCAAUAAUUAUCAUGACUGUACUCAAUGGUGCCCAGCACUUUUCUUCCAUUUCGGUGAUGUUGAUGAAUCUACACACUAUCUUAGCUGACGCAGCGACGAUAAUGAAAGCGGAAACAGCCGCCAUUGUAUUCUCAUGUGUAAUGGUGGUUGCCGCCAUCUCAGCAUCGGGCUUCCUUGAUCGCCUCGGAAGGAAAAUACUCCUCGCUGCGUCCAGUUUACUCACCGGAUUAUCCCUGGCAUCACUGGCGACUUAUUUCGCAAUGAAGAAUUCAGGUUAUGAUUGUACCCAAUUCAACUGGGUACCUGUUGCUUCCGUCAUGCUGUACGCAGUCGCGUUCAAGCUGGGUCUUGGUCUGGUUCCUAUUGUACUCACCGCUGAACUCUUCCCGACCAAUGUCAAAGCAAUGGGAAUGACAUACUCCGACGCCGUUUAUGUUUUCUUCGCUUGUAUCUCCAUCUAUUUAUACCAGGAGCUCACGGAAGCAUAUGGUAUGCACGUACCGUUCUUCAUCUUCGCAGCAUCAUGCAUAGGUACCGCUAUAUUCGCGCUGUGGUACAUCCCUGAAACAAAGGGUAAAACCCUUGAGGAGAUUCAGUUUAUCCUCAAGGGUAAAUCAUACGUACCUCCAACCACUGACAGUCCACUCAAGGAGACUGCUGGUAUGUCGGAUUCCUUCGGCAUGAACCAUCACAGUGGGUCGAUAAGGACGAUUUCAUCAUCGGCCUCUUCAGCGGACUCCACCAGUCACCUUUAUGCCCUAUCAUAUCCGCGAGCUUGCGGGCAACACUUUUCUAAUUUUCUAGCUGCUAUCAUUGCGUGUUUAAGCACAGUUUCCGAUGGAAUGCACGGCAGUUGGACUUCCCCAACAUUACCAAAGCUAACAGCACCUGAUUCACAUAUACUUGUAACACGAGAAGAUGUCGAUUGGUUGGAGUUGAUUUAUCUCAUCGGCGGUAUUGCUGGUUUACCAUUCACAAUGUGGAGUGUUGAUAAAUUCGGCCGGAAGUACACAGUGCUUUUCGCUGCGGCGAGCAAUUGUGUCACGUGGAUCACGAUUAUUUUCGCUGGGAAUGCACAUGUAUUACUAGCGGCCAGAUUCCUGGCUGGGUUUAAUAGCGAUGUCGCGUUUGUGUCUGUGCCAAUGUAUAUUUCUGAAAUGGCCGACAAGAAGAUCCGUGGAUUUCUAGUAGCAUUAAUCUAUAUAAUGUUAUUAGUAGGGAUUUUACUUUGCUAUUCUGUGGUACCAUUUGUAUCAAUCACAACCGCAGCGUUUGUAGGGUUGUCAUUUGUAUCUCUACAACUGAUUGUGUUUCCAUUCAUGCCGGAAACACCUUAUUAUCAUCUCUUGCAUGAUUCUCCUGAGAAAGCAAGCAAAUCUCUACAGUUUUUCCGUCGUGCUAGUGAGAAUCAAGUAGAAAAAGAACUAGAAGAACUCAAACUGGCCGUAACACGUCAAUCACAAGAACGUGGUCGUUUUAAAGAUGUUUUCAUUGUGAAAUCCAACCGUCGUGGAUUGAUAAUCAUGACAAUGUUGAACGCAGCACAACAUCUGGCUAGUAUCACUGUGAUAGUAAUGAAAUUACACACAAUAUUAGGCGAUUCCAAUGGUUUCCUCUCCGCCAACAGCGCCGCCAUUACAUUCAGUGUGAUUAUGUUAAUAUUCACAAUCAUUGCGGCGUCAAUCGUGGAUAAAUUCGGCAGGAAAGUGAUGUUAAUCUCAUCGGCAUUGGCCACAUCAGUGGCGCUUGCAGCUUUAGCUGCUUACAUGAACGCUGUGAACCUGGGUGUCGAUGUUACCAACGUGCAGUGGGUGCCAAUCGUUGCAGUGUUUACUUUCGCAGCUGUUUACCGACUGGGACUGGGUUCGGUACCCAUUGUCGUCACAGGGGAGUUGUUCCCGACAAGUGUGAAAGCAAUGGCGAUGACUAUGUCUGACGCCAUGUAUGUUAUCGCUGGUACCAUCGUAUUAUACAUGUUUCAAGUGUUGGAUAAGGCUUUUGGGAUGCACGUGCCGUUUUAUUUGUUUUCUGCAAGCUGCGUGGGAAUGGCGCUGUUUGUGUAUAUGUACGUGCCGGAAACAAAGGGAAAGAGUCUCGAGCAGAUUCAGAUGAUGUUGAAAGGCCUCAAGGAGGAUGAUUAUGACAUAGAAAACAUGACACCAUUGCAGGAGGUGGUUAAAAAUGGUGAGACUGUGCAAGAAACCAAAGAAAAUGAUAGUUUGACAACGCAUAGUUGAUAAUUUAUAGAAGUUAAAUGAUUAGGACUAAAUUAUGGCAGCUAGGAUGAGAAAAGUGAUAGAAAUCAUGUUUUUAUAUAAAUUUUUUAACUUAUUUAUAAAAAUAUCAACAAAAUAUGUAAAUAUCAGUCUUAUAAGCGUGUUUGUACAUCUUUUUAUAAUAAUUUUACUCAUUUUUACGUAGAA